CCACUCCGCACCCCAUUCGGCCGUUCCCUCUCCACGCGCGACACUAGCACAGGGCACCCGAGUCCGUCUCCGAUGGAAUCUCUGGUGGCGGCGCUCCCCGCGGGCGGCGCGGUGGCGGUGGCGGUGGCGGCCGUCGGCGGGCUGGUCGCGGCCGCCGCUCUCGCGGAGAGGACCGGCCUCGUCGGGCCCAAGAACAGCCUCAACGCGCCCCCAGGUCAGGUGACGGGUCGCGCCCUGCUCUUGAUCCUCGUGUUUCUUUCAGCUGUUCCUGGUUUUCCUCUUAUUGGGAAUCUUCAUCAGUUGAAAGAAAAGAAGCCCCACCAGACCUUUGCAAAAUGGGCUGAAAUUUAUGGGCCAAUAUAUACUAUAAGGACAGGUGCUACUUCUGUAGUUGUGCUCAAUUCAACACAAGUAGCCAAGGAGGCAAUGAUUGCAAAAUUCUCAUCCAUAUCUACUCGAAAGCUAUCUAAAGCAUUGUCAGUGCUCACUCGUGACAAAACUAUGGUCGCCACAAGCGACUAUGGUGACUUCCACAAAAUGGUCAAGCGAUAUGUUAUGACGAGCAUGCUGGGUACUUCUGGCCAGAAACAAUUUCAGGACACAAGAAAAAUGAUGGUUGAUAACAUGUUAAGCACUUUUCAUGCAUUGGUGGCUGAUGACCCAAACGCUCCACUGAAUUUCCGGGAAGUUUUCAAGAAUGAGCUAUUCCGCCUGUCCUUGAUUCAGGGUUUAGGAGAGGAUGUGAGUUCAGUCUACGUGGAAGAGUUUGGGAAGGUUAUAUCAAAAGAGGAAAUCUACCAGGCCACUGUGGUUGACAUGAUGAUGUGUGCCAUUGAGGUCGACUGGAGGGACUUCUUCCCAUACCUCCGUUGGAUACCAAAUAGGAGCUUUGAAACAAGAUUACUGACUACAGAAGCUAGGAGAACUGCAGUGACACGAGCCUUGAUCAAUGAGCAAAAGAAAAGAAUUGCACGUGGAGAGGCUAGGAUAUCCUAUCUGGACUUCCUGUUAGCGGAGAAUACACUUACCGAUGAACAAUUGCUAAUGCUGGUGUGGGAGGCAGUCAUAGAAGCUGCAGAUACUACUUUGGUCACGACUGAGUGGGCCAUGUAUGAGCUUGCGAAGCACCCAGAAAAACAGGAUUGCCUUUACCAGGAAAUCCAAGAGGUCUGCGGCAAUGAGACAGUCACCGAGGAUCACCUGCCACGGUUGGUUUACUUGAACGCGGUGUUCCACGAGACCCUGAGGUUCCAUUCCCCAGUUCCACUGGUGCCUCCAAGAUUUGUCCAUGAGAAUACCACCUUGGGUGGUUAUGACGUUCCAGCCGGCACAGAGAUGAUCAUCAACCUGUACGGAUGCAACAUGAACAAGAACGAUUGGGACGAGCCUGAGAAAUGGAAGCCAGAGAGGUUUCUGGAUGGAAGGUUUGAAGCUGCAGACAUGUACAAGACCAUGGCUUUCGGCGCAGGAAGGAGGGCUUGUGCUGGCAGCUUGCAGGCACUGAACAUCUCGUGCACGUCCAUCGCGAGGUUCGUGCAAGAGUUCACCUGGAGGCUCAAGGAAGGCGAUGAGGAUAAGGUCGACACCAUCCAGCUCACAAGCUACAAGCUUCAACCGCUGCAUGUGUACCUCACACCGAGAGGGAGGAAAUGAACUGCAGUUAUCGACAGGUUGCUGUACUUUUUUCAGUAGUGUGCUGUUUCUUGUGUAUGAAACUUUUGGGAUAAACGCUCUAUGCUAUGGUAGCUUUUUGUGUAUGUGCAAAUGGUUUAAUAAUAAGAACUCUAUAUUUUGUCUACUUGGACACAAA